UCCAGCCCGCACCAUGACUGAUGAUGAGCUGUCUGCCUUGGUAGUGGAUAAUGGGUCAGGGAUGUGCAAAGCAGGCUUUGGUGGUGACGAUGCCCCCCGGGCUGUGUUCCCCUCCAUGAUUGGGCGUCCCCGCCACCAGGGGGUCAUGGUAGGCAUGGGCCAGAAGGACUGCUAUGUGGGGGACGAGGCCCAGAGCAAGAGAGGCAUCCUGACCCUGAAGUAUCCUAUUGAGCACGGAGUGGUCACCAACUGGGACGACAUGGAGAAGAUCUGGUAUCACACUUUCUACAACGAGCUCCGCGUGGCACCAGACGAUCAUCCCAUCCUCCUCACCGAGGCACCCCUGAACCCCAAGAUCAACCGAGAAAAGAUGACCCAGAUCAUGUUUGAGGCCUUCAACGCACCUGCCAUGUACGUGGCUAUCCAGGCUGUGCUGUCCCUCUAUGCCUCGGGACGGACCACGGGCAUCGUGAUGGACUCUGGGGAUGGGGUCACUCACACCGUGCCCAUCUACGAAGGCUAUGCCCUGCCGCAUGCCAUUCUACGUCUGGAUCUGGCAGGCAGAGACCUGACUGAUUACCUCAUGAAGAUCCUGACAGAACGAGGCUAUAACUUCACCACCACGGCUGAGCGGGAGAUUGUGCGAGAUGUCAAAGAGAAGCUGUGCUACGUGGCCAUGGACUUUGAGCAGGAGAUGGUCAGUGCGGCUGCGUCUUCCUCACUCGAAAGAAGCUAUGAGCUUCCUGACGGGCAGGUGAUCACCAUCGGGAACGAACGCUUCCGCUGCCCUGAAGCUAUUUUCCAGCCUUCCUUGCUGGGCAUCGAGUCCAGUGGGAUCCACGAGGCAACCUUCAACUCUAUCAUGAAGUGUGACGUGGACAUUCGCAAGGAUCUAUAUGCCAACACCGUCUUGUCUGGAGGCAGCACCAUGUACCCAGGCAUUGCUGACCGCAUGCAGAAGGAAAUCAUAACCCUGGCACCCAGCACCAUGAAAGUCAAAAUCAUAUCUCCGCCAGAGCGCAAGUAUUCCGUGUGGAUUGGGGGCUCCAUCCUGGCCAGCCUGUCCACGUUCCAGCAGAUGUGGAUCAGUAAGCAGGAAUAUGAUGAGGCUGGUCCUCCCAUCGUGCAUAGAAAAUGUUUCUGAAUGGGCUUCCAUCUUAACGGGUUUACAUUUUCCCUUUUCCUGGGUCACAGUGAUGGUACUGCUUUUAUCCGCUUCGAACAGGAUCAAGGUAAAUAGCUCACUCUUCCUAGUGCCUAAACCAGCAAACCCACCUGUCCAUCCAAGUAUCCCGGGCUCUUGGCCCGCUAACCACGUCUUGAUCU